AUGAACAAGAUUCUUUCAACCACCCUUUGCUUUGGAUUCCUAACUUUGUUAUCUGUAAUGAUUUUUUUGGAAAUGGUGCAUGGACGGCCAUAUCUUACCCAAGGAAAUGAAUUGUUUCCAGCAAAAGAAGAUACAAAUAGCAAGGAACUAUUGCUGGAUCUACUGAAUAAAAAUUUUGAUUUCCAAAGACCUUCCAACGUUGGAAUAGAACUGGCAAACAAACUGGAAGAACUUAACCAGUUGGAAAACCUAAAAGAGCAGUUCACAGAGGCAAAAGAUGCUGAGAUAUCCUAUGCUAUAGAUGGUCUAUAUUCUUCCCAUCCAAAUAAGCGAGCCUGCUUUUGGAAAUACUGUGUCUGA